UUUGUCAAGCUAUUGGUUGCCACCAUAAGUUCCACGAAGACAUUGUAGCAGAGAAACUCGAAGAGGCCGUUGAAGCUGGUGCCGUACUGAAAGUGUAUAAUAAGGGUUUGCACUCAUACAAGGCGCCUACCAGCACGCAACGGCGUAUGGUGGUAGUCACGAAUGAUAGUGAUUUAUCGCGAUUAGUAGCUAAAGCUGUUCGUGAUUUAGGUGAAUGUGACGGGUCCAGUAUAAAAUCGAUUGAAAACUACGUUCAACAAACAAACAACCUAAAUAUAAUGUCCAAUGUUGACUACAGUCUAGUGAUAAAAAACUCUAUAAGAGUUGCGUUAACAGAUGGAAUACUGCAACAAGAAGCAAAGCUGUACAAAUUAGGAAGUGUGGUUAAACCAAUCACAAAGAAAAAGUCAACUUCACCGAAGAAAAAAGAGAGAAUAGAUUCUGAAACGUCAACUAAAAAAACUACCAACACUGUUUGCGUGGAAUGUCUAGGAACAGAGUCAAAGGGUCCCACUGGAGUUUCAGAAGCUCUCAGUUCUUGUAGUGGCUGUGGAAUGUCAUUACACGAUAAAUGUGCUAACAAUGGUACUACUACUGUACCAUUAUCAGCUUUAGCUAGAAGGGGUAAUAAAUGGUUUUGCGAAGAGUGUAAAACUUGUGAUGCCUGCUCGACACAGAAUGAAAAAGGACCUUGCGUACUAAGCUGUAGUGAUUGUACUAAGAAUUUCCAUUUUUCUUGCAUGGAAAUUGCACUUGACCAUGUAAAAAAAGGAAAAUCAUUGUGGAGAUGUGCUUCAUGUAUAAAUCUGUGUAAUAAAACUCGUAAGCCUGGAGUAGAAUGUGGAACACUUUCACGGAAAACGACAGAAGACGUACAGCACAAACUGGAAAGGAAUAAAAAAAAGUCUGUUGAAGUCAAUCAGUUGCUACAUGAUAUUCCGGCGGUUAAAAAUAAAAUAUCAAUAAUUCAAGGAAACUCUAACGUUACAAUGAAAACACCGAAGACUGAUUCAUCGUAUAAAAUCGUUAAUUCACGUCGUAUUAAACAAUCACAGCCACAGAUAUCAACACUAGAGCCUCCCGAGCCGAACGAGGAAUUGCCCGAACAACCUUCCUUGCCCAAUGGCGUUACACAAAAGGAUGCCGAUCUGUACAAACAAGUGCAAGAGCAAGCUACCAAAUCAUUGGCCGAAAUUAUGCGAGUGGAAUCGAAAACAAUGAGAGAAACAACUCCAGAAUCUGUUUGCCGUGUCAAAAGACCGUUGCUGAUUUCUAUGCACAGCCCAUCGAAGUUCAUGGCAGCACAAGAACGAUGUCCGGCAGCUAUAGAAUUUGGAAAGUAUGAGAUCCAAACAUGGUACUCUAGUCCGUUUCCUCAAGAGUAUGCAAGAUUGCCUAAACUAUUUCUUUGUGAAUUUUGUUUAAAGUACACCAAAAGUAAGGCAGUUUUACAACGGCAUCAAGAUAAGUGCUUAUGGCGUAAUCCUCCGGGAACGGAAAUUUAUCGGUGCAAUGAUAUUUCAAUAUUCGAAGUAGAUGGUAACGCAAAUCGGAUAUAUUGCCAAAAUCUGUGUUUAUUGGCAAAGCUUUUUCUUGAUCACAAGACGUUGUAUUAUGAUGUAGAACCAUUUUUGUUCUAUGUAUUGACCAAGUACGACAGGAAAGGUUAUCACUUAGUUGGUUACUUUUCUAAAGAGAAGCACUGUCAGCAAAAAUAUAAUGUAUCGUGCAUAAUGACAAUGCCUCAGUAUCAGCGCCAGGGUUUCGGUAGAUUCUUGAUUGAUUUUAGUUAUUUGUUAAGUCGUGAAGAAGGCCAACCUGGUACACCAGAAAAACCAUUAUCUGAUCUAGGACGUGUUUCGUAUCAUGCUUAUUGGCGAUCAGUAGUUUUAGAAUAUCUUCAUGAAAAUAGAAAUCGAAUUGUUUCGUUCCGAACUAUUUCACAAGAAACAGGAAUUUUUAUCACGGAUGUAGCCUUAGCCUUUCAAUUGCUAAAUUUUAUAAAAUAUAUUAAAAUAGUUAAUGGCGACUUGAAAACAUAUAGACCACUCAUAUGUAUCGACUGGGAGCAGGUUGAUAUGCACAACGAGCGAGUGUUCAGAUCUAAAACAAGAAGAGUGAUCGAUAAUGAAUGUUUACGUUGGACACCUUUGUUAUCCUCAAUUCCCUAUUUCCCUGAGGUUGACGGAACUGCAGACAUUUCCCACAUAUCCGAUAAAAAAAUAAGAUCCGAUAAAAAUGACGAAGUUUGUUUUGGUUCUGAGGUAGAAAAUUCAGGGAAACAUCCUAUAUCUGUAGUAGCUGCUUUGCAGAGUGAUGUGUGCGAAGAAUUUCGAGGUGUGAAGAAACGAGGGAAAAGAAUUCAUAACCCAAUAAAGCCAUCAAGGUCAAGCAAAAAAUUAGAACAACACUCCGAAGCCGUUUCUUUUGACGAUAUUUUAGACAAAACUGAUCUCGCAUUAGUUGAGAUUACCUCCUCGGGCCGUAAGCGAAUAAGACCUAACAAGUUUAACGAAUCGACAUAUGAUGGUGCUUCUAAUGUCAUGACAAAUGAAAAUUCUAACAGUGUGUCACUACAGGAUAGUAGAAAGCGCAGGAGAUCUUAUCAAUUGGAAAAUGGUGACAUGGAGAAAAAGCGGACUCGAUUAGAUGAAGAAAAAGUACAGCAAUCUCAAGAAUCAUUGUUAAAUGAACUCUCGCAUUCUACGCGAACUAACAUUAGAAUAUCGAAGGAUCAUGCUCAACUUGAUAGCGUCAGUAACGUAGAAUUGUUAGAUAAACAUAGUAAGGGUUUACCAAAUAAAAAUUAUUGUUCGAAUACUGCUUCAGAAGCCGUACUUACACUGGAUUUAGAAGUGGAUAGUGUUACCGAAAAAGACGACGAAAAUCAAUCUACUAUCGAUGUAGCAGAAACUUCGCAAAAACUAAAGCGUCGUGUUGCUCAAAGAAUUGGUAGUCGAAAUUCUACUAGGUUAGCAGCAUCUUCCAAUCCAGAGACGUGCUUCGAUGAACCAAUAAUAGGCUCACCUAUAAAAAAAAAGCAACUUACUUUGCCAGAGCUUCUUAGAGUGAAACAACAUUCUUUUGACUCUCAGGAUAUGCUAGAGUUAUCAAAACAUGGAAAAGAUGGAGAACACAUUCAAACAGAUAAAAACCCAGAAGCAAAAUCACUCUUAUCUUACCCUGUAAAAUUUCGAGAUGGCAGAUUAAAAAGUUCAUCAACCGAUAUUUCUGCUGGUGAAGCUGAUGAUGAAAUGGAAGAAGAAACUGCGGUUACGGAAAAGUGUGCUUAUUCUGAGAGACAUACCGAAGCAUUGCACACGAUACCAAAUGCUUACGUUAAUAAAUCAGCUGAUGUAGAACACGUUAGUGUUUCAAUUGAACCUCAAUCUGUAACUAUUGAAUCGUAUACAUCACUUACCAAAAACGCAGAGAAUACAGAUGGGUUAAUGAAAACUCGUGAAGAUAUAGAAAACGAAUCGAACAAAAAUUCAGUUGAAGAGGAAAUUAAGACUCAGUAUGAAACGCAGAUUUCUAAUGUAAAUUCUAGUGCACAAAUAUUUAUCAAAGCUACAAACGAUGUUGAUUCAAACAAUAUGUCAAACUUUGUGUCCACCAGUACAAGACAGAUUAAAAAACCUUCCGACGAACAAAAUUGUUUGAGCUCUCAAGAAUUAAUUACAGAAGCCGAAUCAGUACAAUUCAAAGCUUGUAAAAAUGAUUAUAUUCCAGGGAAACAUGAUAGCAGCAAAUCACAGACACCCGAACCAGAAACAAGCUUAACAUAUGCUCUAGUCAAGGAACCUGACCAAUAUGUUUCUACUAAUACUGAACAGAAAGUUGACGAAGAAAUAUUGAAAAAUUCAUAUGAUUCAAACUCGAACUCUGCAAACGAUGCCUUGCCUGAAACAAUCAGUCAUGUAACAGAGAAAUGUGUAGAAAAGUCAGUUGGAUUAGAAAAUCAAUGCGCUCACAGCAGUGUUUGUGAAAAAAACGAAUUCCCUAAAGACAAAAAUAUUGAAACUUGCGAAAAAACAUCGGUCAUUACUGAGUCAAAACAAAGUGCUGCAAAUGAGCCUACAAAAACGAACACUGAAAUCAACAUAAAUGAAGACUUAAAGUCUUCUUUAAUCAUGGUAAUUCAAGAAAAUGAAUCUUUGGGAAAUGCAUGUAGUUCAACAAAAGAACCACAUCAAUUGAAUACAUAUGUUUCUACUGUAAAUCAUAGCAAUGAUGGGUCAGGUAGUAACACGGCGAGUGUAUUGAUGAUAAACGAAAAUUACGAGAAAAACAUGGAAAAGAGGAGACCUAAGAUUAUAAUAGACGUAAAAGCUGGCUCCGAAUCGGAAAGAAUUCAAAAAAUUUCUCCAGGUUUAAAAGCAGACCAUCCUAACUUCGAGCUUGGCGACAAUAAAAUGGCGAAAGCCAAGCUUUACGAUUCUCCUGAUAAAUUAGAUGAAGAGGAUACAAAAUCAGUUGAAAAUGUGGUAGCAUCAUUGGAGAGUGCAGGUUCUCACAAAAAAAAAUUUAUAAAAAAUGCUGUAGAAGAAGCUAAUAAGCAAUUGACAGAGGUUGAGCAUCAGGAUAAAUCCGUUAUUCAACAAUGUGAUGAUUUGAAAACUUUUAACAUUACCUUGAACAAUAGAGAAAAUUCUGAUUCUUCUGAACUAACUAUUGAUAUUAAAAAAGAGCCUUCCCCUAAUAAACAUUCAAAAAAUGACUCUCCAUCACAACAGUCAGGCCAUAAUCUAGAGAAGAAUAAAAUUUCGGAAAUAAGAACGCAAAGCACAUGCCUUGAGAACCAAGCCAACUAUGACAAUUCCUCUAAGAUCAUGAAUGAUCCUAGAAAAGCUAGAGAUAAAAAUUCAAAUGCAGAUGAUUUUAAAAAGAACAAAUCAGAAAAACGAACUCAGAAUGCUGCUAUAAAGACUGAGACAAAAAACGAUUCUAAAACUCGCAUAGAGCAAGACAAUUUAAAUACUAGUAGCAAUUGUAGUGGGAGUGUUUCAUUGAAAAGAUCAGAAAGUAUAAAAAAAGAAGCACUUAAGAGUGUGUCGUCAGGUAACGUGACUGAUCAAUUGAAAACAAGUUCGUUAAAUCCUGAUAGUAGUAAAAUCGGAGUGAAUGUUUCUAUGAAUAAUCCUACCUCCAGAACAGACAAGUACUCUGCAAAACAUGCUAUGCACGAAACAAAAGCAAUUGAUUUGAAUAAAAUAGCUCCACAGUUUCCGCCAAUAAAUCAGUUACCAAAUUAUCACACUACAUCCCAAUAUUGGCAAUUGGAUCCUUAUUAUCAAAGCUACAAUCUGUCGCACUUGGAAGCAACUAAUCAAAAGUCACCUAACAAGUUUCAUCUAGACUUGGCUACAUCUAUGGCAUACGGUAGUUUUCCAUCAAAUUUAUAUCAGACUGCUUUUCAACAGCAUCAAGAACAACAAUAUCAACAGCAUCAGCAAUCCUACCAAGCAAAGGAAAGGCCUAAUCAGCGAAUAGAUAAAAAGAGUUUAUCUGGGCAAGCAAAUAUUAGCACCAGCAAUCCUGAUGUUCAUAAACAUAACAAAAAUUUAAAAGCUAUGGAGGAAUCGAAGUAUAGUAAAAGUGCGGAUCAUCAAACACAGCAGCAACUUUCAGGCGUUAACAUGACUUUAAACAUCGAUGGCAGUUCAUGUGCGAAAUCUACCAAUACACUGUAUACUGGCCACAACACAAUAAAAACAAACUCGAAAAAUAAAAUAGAACAUAAAACAAGUGAUAAUUGCAUGAUUAGUAAAUCGAAUCAACCUCAAAGCCAACAACCUGCUCAUACUAGUCAUCAAGCUGCAUCAUGUCAAAUGGCAGCAAUGCAACAACAGCAACAUCAUGGUCAACAAAUGCUUAACAAGAAUAUGCAUCAACAAAUUGCAUCCUCCAAAGGUAAUUUCCAGAGUGAUGAAUUGAACCAGCAGGAUAACACAAACAAUAUUGCAAACAUAUCUACAACGGAUAUGAAGCAUCAACAUGGACCUAGUAACCAAAAUGAAGUUCAGUCAAUUGGAGUCUAUACACCAGACUCAACUACUAAUUCCGUGCACAGUUUGCAUCAAUAUGGGCAAUGCGAUUUGGACGUCGCUCAAUUGGGAUUGGAAUCUCCUGCUAGUAUUUCGAGUGACAUCAAUACCCAAAGUUCGGUGGAAAGCAUGAGACCAUCAAGUGUUGUUCCACAUCAAAUUAGUCAAUAUUCAGAUUGCUCAAUUCAGCAGCAACAUCAGUCUCAGAUGCAACAAAUAAAUAUGCACACUCAUGUCCCGGCAUCUAGUCCGCAGCAGUCAAUGGCAAUUAUUAAUAAUCAAAACUUGGAUAACGCAGCAGCCAGUAGCAGAUCAAAAGUUCAGCAGCAACAGUUAUCACAUCAGAAUAAUAGAAGUUCUAAUACCAAUCGAUCAUCGACUCCAAAAGUUAGUAGAAAUACUUCUACUCCAGUUAGUAAUCAUCAACAACAGCGUCAUCCGAACCGUUCUACUCCACCGAUUGGAAAUGCUAUUCAACCACUAACCAGCCCAGGUCAUCCUCAGCAACAUCAGCAAUCAAUGCAACAACAAAAUGUAGCUCAACAGCAACAUCAGCAUCAACUAGUGUUGCAACAGCAAAUGCAUCAAACAUAUGGACAUAUAUCAGGAUCAUCGCUAACUCAUCAAAAUCAUUCACAAAACAUGCAUCAGGCUGGUUAUAUUACAUCACAGUUAGGUAUAUCUAGUCAAGGCUAUCCGCAGUCGCCAACGUCAUAUGGAAGCGUUCCGAUGACCACUGUGAUACAGCAUAGAAUGACUGGCAGUCACACAAGCUUAUCCACACCAAAUAGUCUUCAUAGUCCUCAUCAACGUCUUGGACCAUCGCCUUCUUCCUGUGCAGUCUCAUCGGCAAAUAAUUUUUACAUUCAAUCUGGUAGCGUUAGCCAUCCACAGUCGCAUACACCUAUACCAGCUCCAACUCCUACUCCUACUCCAACGCCUACCCCAACUCCACAGUUGGACAAUUCGUGUCAGGCAGGCAAUAUUCAUAGUCAAGGUAAUGUAAUACAAGGGUCGCUUUCAUGUCUCUCAAAAUUGCAACAACUAACAACUAGUGUUGAUAUGGUAGGUCCUUCUUGUAACACACCUCCGUCUGGAGCAGUAAACAUCACACCACCACCAAACCAUCAUUCUCAUGUAGGCGGCUCUAUAACACCGUCACCCUCUACUCUCAUGAGUCAGCAGAACUCGGUAAGAAAUAUUUCAACACCACCAGCUUCAAUUCAAGCCCAGAUGCCAUCACUUAAUUAUCACAAAUACUAUACCGGAAAUAUGAACGUGUCUCCUAUAUCGGGAACGCAAAAUAGUCGUUUGUCACGUAAUACUGCAUCCGCUCCAAUUCAACACAUGAGUAAUAGCUCUAGCAGAGUUAGUCCAAACGUUGCAAUAAGUCCAAAUCUCAUGUCACCAUAUAGUACAUUAAAUACAGCAUACCGUAUGUCGGCCGCUCAGUCCUCGUCUACAGGAGGGUAUAUAGCAAACCCUGCGGCCGGUUUUAUUAAUAAUGCUACACAAAUUCCUGUCCAAAUGGGUGUUAUGAAUAUGCAAUCACAGUAUCAGGAUCCUUCGGCAAUUCAACGUGCCCAACAAAACUCGAUGUAUCCGGCUGCCUAUUCGGCCUAUUUACCAGCCAUGAGACGAUAAGAUAAUUUGAAAAAUUUUGACACUCGUGCGAUUGAUCAGGUUUUCCUGAUUUAAGAAAAAGAGGCGCAAGGCUAAAACCUAAGGGGGAGUAAUCAAAACAUGUGAUUUCGGAAUAUACAUACAUCGUCAGCUAAAAAACGCCAUUGUUAAAUUCUAAGAUUUUUUUUCAUAAUUACUCUGCCCGUCCGCGUGAUUUUGUUAAACAAAAUUGUUAAUCAUGUGCGUUGAUCUCAAAAUUUUUUCGCUGCAUUCAACUAAUCGAGCCAUUUGUAUCUUUGUACAGGCUUUGUAAAAUAAGAGUGUGAUAAUCAUCAACUCGCAAUUUUAAAUAAUUAUAUUUAAUUGUUGAAUUGUCAAGGUAAUCAUAAAUUUCAUAGAAAAAAAUAGAACUGUUAAAAUAGGUGUAUUUAAGUAGGAAUUAGUAAGUAAGUAAGUAUAUAAAGGUACAGAAUGUGUAAUUCUGGUAGAUAUAUACAACAUGAUAUGGAAUACUUAUUUAUUUUUGAACAGAACUAUGACGUUUUAAUAUGUUAAUAUAAAUUUGUAACAAUACGUUUAGCUCAGAUAUCGAAAUUAUAACUGAAUUCAUUGAUGAGUA